AUGGAAAGUUGCAGCAGAGGGGGAGGUGGCGGCCGGCCGACAUACUGCGUCACCGGAGCAACAGGUUACAUAGGGUCGUGGCUCGUGAAGUGUCUCCUACGAAAGGGUUAUAGAGUACAUGCCACUGCCCGCAAUCCCGGUCAGCGAUUCUUCACUCUUUUCACUGCUAUUCUUGAUCGAAAACAAAUCCAUUUAUGUACCAUGACUAAAUAUAUAUCUACCAUCUUAUUUUCAUACAUUCCAGAGAAAGCAUUUCAAUUAUUGAAUCAAUGGGAAAGCAAGGACCAGUUGAGACUCUUCAGGGCUGAUCUACAUGAAGAUGGAAGCUUCGAUGAAGCAGUGAAAGGCUGUGACGGUGUAUUUCAUGUUGCGGCAUCAAUGGAAUUUGGGGCUCCAGCUUCAGAAAGUGUUGAUCGCUAUGUUCAAACGCACAUCGUAGAUCCAGCAAUCAAAGGAACACUAAAUGUUCUCAAAUCUUGCUCGAAAACAUCUUCUGUUAAAAGGGUGGUUUUCACGUCAUCAAUCAGCACGAUGACUUCCAAAGACAACUCUGGGAGAUGGGUUCCAAUAGUUGACGAAUCUUGCCAGAUACCUAUUCAACGAGUCCUAGAAACUAAACCAAGUGGCUGGGUAUAUGUACUGUCAAAGCUUUUGACAGAAGAGGCAGCAUUUCAAUUUUCAAAUGAAAAUGGCAUCCAUCUGAUAUCAGUGAUAACACCCACCGUAGCUGGCCCAUUCCUCACCCCAACUGUUCCAGUUAGCAUCCAAGUUCUUUUGUCCCCAAUAACAGGCGAUCCUAGUGUACUGCCAAUAUUAGCUGCUGUGAACUCGAGAAUGGGAUCGAUUGCUUUAGUUCAUAUUGAAGACAUAUGCAGUGCUCACACAUUUCUCAUGGAACAUGCUGAAGCAGAAGCUCGAUAUAUAUGCUGUACUCAAAGUUGCUUAAUGUCCGAGAUUGUCGAGCACCUUAGUUUAGAGUACCCUUCUCUUAGCAUACAAAGGCUUCACGGGGAAGAACUUGAUUCAAUCCCGUCUGAGAUAUCUUCGAAAAAGAUAAAAGACUUGGGAUUCGCUUACAAGUAUGGAAUUAAAGAUAUAAUACACGAGACUAUUGGCAGCUGUCAGCUUGAAGCCGCGUGCCUGAAGCAGCAAGCAGGCAAGCAGCUGUAA